AUCCGUCAAACUGUUUUUGGCAUAAUUUUAAGGUUUAUCGAUUAAUGAUUUUUUUCUGGUCGUCGGUCGACCUGCUCUUCUUCCUCUCUCCUCCUCCAACUCAUUUAAGUGAACGAAAGAAGAGGACGAGCUACAGACAAUGUCAAACAUCACGCCGAAAUCAUACGAGUCGCGGAUGGCGACGCACCCGUCGCCGCUUGCGCGCAGACUGUUCAAGAUCAUGGUCGAGAAGCAGACGAACCUGUGCGUGUCGCUCGACGUGUACAGCAAAGCCGAGCUUCUGCAGCUCGUGGACACGCUCGGUCCGUACGUGUGCGUGUUCAAGACGCACGUCGACAUCGUCGACGACUUCAGCUACGAGUCCGUGGUCGAGCCGCUGGUCGCGCUGUCGAAGAAGCAUAACUUUCUGAUCUUUGAGGACCGCAAGUUUGCGGAUAUCGGGUCGACUGUCAAGUCGCAGUACACGUCGGGGAUUUAUAAGAUUGUGCGGUGGUCGCACAUCACGAACGCGCACGCGCUGCCGGGGCCGGGGAUUAUCGACGGCUUGUACGCGGGCGCGAAAGAGGUGACUGACGACGAGCGCGGGCUGCUGCUGCUCGCGGAGAUGUCGUCCAAGGGCUCGCUCGCGACGGGCGAGUACACCGACAAGACGGUCGCGCUGGCGCGCGGCAACACCGAGUUUACGUUUGGGUUUAUCGCGCAAAACAGGCUCGGCGAGCCGGACGAGGAUUUCGUCAUUAUGACACCCGGCGUAGGGUUGGACGCCAAGAGCGAUGGCUUGGGACAGCAGUACAGGACCGUGGACGAGGCUGUUAGUGGGGGGUCUGAUAUCGUGAUUGUUGGGAGAGGGAUUAUUGGCAAGGGAAGAGAUCCGAUCGCGGAGGCGAAGCGGUACAGGGACGCGGGAUGGGCCUCGUAUCUUGCGCGGUUGAAGUAGGAUGACUAUUGUGCUUAAUAUACGGAGAAAUAAACAAACA